GCCAGCGCGCGGAAGCAUCACCGCUGGGCGCUGCACCAUGGGGCAGCCAAUCACGCACCGCCUUCGCCCAGAUUCCUCCGCCGGAGGCCGCGCCGCAGCCGCAGGUGGCCCGGCGAGCGCGUCCACCCAGCGCUGCCAAUCGCGACCCCCGCCGCCCGUCCCGUGAUGCCCCGCGGCUGACCUGCGACCUCGCGGCUCGCCUUUCCCUGAGGCCAGCUCUUCUCCCCGCCCCCCUCACACCCCCCUCCUCCGGCGAGCUUGUGAGGGCUCUAGCGGCCGCGAGGCGUACGGCCGGGAGCAGCUCCUCCCUGAGCGACCGCAGGCCUCCUGGCAGGCGCCUUCCCUUAGCCUCUCCUCGCGGCGGGGCCCGGCGGGCGGGUAGCUGCGACCGCGUCCGGGAGGCACUACCCGUUGGAUUCAAGAUGACCAACGAAGAACCUCUUCCCAAAAAGGUUCGACUGAGUGAAACAGACUUCAAAGUUAUGGCACGAGAUGAAUUAAUUCUAAGGUGGAAACAGUAUGAAGCCUAUGUGCAAGCUUUGGAGGGCAAGUACACAGAUCUCAACUCUAAUGAUGUAACUGGCUUAAGGGAAUCUGAAGAAAAACUAAAGCAGCAGCAGCAAGAAUCUGCACGCAGGGAAAACAUUCUUGUAAUGCGACUAGCAACCAAGGAGCAAGAAAUGCAAGAGUGUACUACUCAGAUCCAGUACCUCAAGCAAGUCCAGCAGCCUAGCGUUGCACAACUGAGAUCAGCAAUGGUGGACCCAGCGAUCAACUUGUUAUUCCUAAAAAUGAAAAGUGAACUGGAACAGACUAAAGACAAACUGGAACAAGCCCAAAAUGAACUGAGUGCCUGGAAGUUUACGCCUGAUAGCCAAACAGGCAAAAAGUUAAUGGCGAAGUGUCGAAUGCUUAUCCAGGAGAAUCAAGAGCUUGGAAGGCAGCUGUCCCAGGGACGUAUUGCACAACUUGAAGCAGAGUUGGCUUUACAGAAGAAAUAUAGUGAGGAGCUUAAAAGCAGUCAGGAUGAACUGAAUGACUUCAUCAUUCAACUUGACGAAGAAGUAGAGGGUAUGCAGAGUACCAUUCUAGUUCUUCAGCAACAACUGAAGGAGACGCGCCAGCAGUUGGCUCAGUACCAACAGCAGCAGUCUCAAGCCCCAGGCCCGAGUACCAGCAGGACUACAUCUUCUGAGCCUGUAGGACAGGCAGAGGCCACAGGUAAAGACUGCAGUCGUCUGGCCAACGGACCAAGUAAUGGCAGUUCCUCCCGGCAGAGGACGUCUGGGUCUGGAUUUCACAGGGAGGGGGACACAGCCGAAGAUGACUUUCCUUCUUCUCCAGGGAAUGGGAAUAAGGCCUCCAGCAGCUCGGAGGAGAGAACUGGCAGAGGAGGUAGUAGUUACGUAAACCAACUCAGUGCGGGGUAUGAAAGUGUAGACUCUCCCACGGGCAGUGAAAACUCUCUCACACACCACUCAAAUGACACAGACUCCAGUCAUGACCCGCAAGAGGAGAAACCCGUGAGUGGGAAAGGUAACCGAACUGCGGCUUCCCGCCACGUUCAGAAUGGCUUGGACUCAAGUGUAAAUGUACAGGGUUCAGUUUUGUAAAAAAACAAAAAACAAAAAAAUUUCCAGCAAAUUUUUAUACAGUGUCAUUUAAUUUGGAAGAGGAUACUGUCCAGUUAAUUAACGCAUACUUUUGUCACAAUUUGCCUUUUUUGUGGGUGGUUUUUUUUUUUCUUUUUUCCUUUUUUCUUUGCUUCAAUACCUCUGCCACUUUGGAAAUUGUAACAGUUAAUUACUUUGAAUGUUGCUAAAAGGACAUUUUGUGUAGGGUCAGGUUAUUUUUAUAUGAGUUAAUGUGAAGUUGUAAAUGGAACUCUUUCCUUAAAGUAUAACACAGUGAUGAUGUCUGUGUGAAUCUGUGUCUACCCUAGAACCCGUGCUGUGUGAGGGCAUUCUUACUCAUGCUGUUACUAUGCUUAUGCACCAUUCAGACUUGUCAGAGUAGAUGUGGGUUUAUGACUGCCAAGUUUGCCCAGUACAGUAGUUUUAUCACUAAAAGUUGGACUUGUUGAAGGAGUCCUAUAGUAGUUUCAGUGUUAGAUACAGUUUUUCCCACCAUGCAUCUGUGCAUUUUCUCUUUAGGUGAUUGAAUGUUUAAGAAAUUUGUGUGCAUAGUUACUCAGUUUUUAUGAAUUGUUGUAUCCUGUUAAUGCAUAUUGCUCUGUGACUCCAGUAUAUCUUACCUGUACUGACCAAACUUAAAUAAAGAUUUUUAUUGUAACUCCUUA